AUGGCUGAUGAAGAAGUCGAGGUCGAGGUGAUGCCGGAGGAAGAGGAAGAAACCCAGCAGGAGGAAGAAGACACGGAGGCGGCAGCAGAAGAAGAAGCUGCACCUGAAGUAGAAGAGCCUCCCCCGACGACAGAAGAGCCUGAAGAGCCCGCAGAGCCUGAAGAAGAGUCUCCAGCUGCAGAUGAAGAUGACUCUAAACCCAAACCGAAGGCGUUUGCUCCACCUAUAUCAGUGCCAAAGAUACCAGACGGAGACAAAGUGGACUUUGAUGACAUCCACAGGAAACGUCAGGAGAAGGAUCUGACUGAAAUGCAGUCUCUGAUCGAGGCCCAUUUCAUCCAGAGGAAGAAGGACGAGGAGGAGCUCAUCGCUCUCGUUAACAGGAUCGAGAAGCGUCGUGCUGAGAGGGCAGAGCAGCAGAGGACCCGUGCGGAGCUAGAGAAGAAGAGGCUGGCUCGAGUUGCUGAGGAAAAGGAAAGGAAGGAGCAAGAGGAGGCCCGCAAGAAGCACGAUGAUGACGCCAAGAAGAAGAAGGCGCUGACUAACAUGACUCACCAGUAUGGUGGUGUCCAACAGAGGCAAGAUGGAAGGAGGGGAGCAAAGAAGCAGACGGAGAGAGAGAAGAAAAAGAAGAUCCUGGCCGAUAGGAGGAAGCCUCUCAACAUUGACCAUCUCAAUGAGGACAAAUUGAAGGAGAAGGCCAAUGAGCUGUGGCAGUGGCUGAUGACGCUGGAAGCUGAGAAGUUUGACCUCAGCGAGAAACUGAAGAAACAGAAAUAUGAUAUCAGUCAGCUCCUGGCUCGCGUUCAAAAACACCAGAGCGCCAAAGGAAGAGGCAAGGCCAAGGGCAGGGUGAGAUAGAGGCAGCCCUCUGCACGAGCUCUUCAAGGAAGCGUCUGGAAAUGAGCAGCUGUGUCGACUUUGAUGACAUUAAUGUACUUAGAAAUAUGACAACAGAAUUACAACAGCUGGCUUUAGACAUGCACAAUAAAGAGAUGUUUUACGCUG